CUUUCAAAUACCCUUGUCCUUCUUACGUGUGCGGUGUUUUGAUUCUCUUACGUUAUGUAAGAAAUGUGAAGUUGGAGGUUUUGCUUAUUUCGAAGUCGACUUAAAAUGUCAUUCUCUCGUUUCGUGGAUUAGUGGUGUUAAUAAUGAAAACUGCAUUAGUGCUGUGAAGUGUACAAGGCACCGGGGACACGCCAAACCUGCUUCAAGUGAAGGUACUGUUGCAAUCAAGUGAUAGCCUUACAUUUAGGCAGUUAGAACUAAUGAAUUGCCGAAGAAAUUUCCGGUUUGAUUGAAAUAAAAGUGGCGAAAAGAUUGGACGUUGGAAGUGUCUGUAAAUGAAGUGUACAACAAGCGGCGGUUGGGACAGAGGGAGCCAUCCAGCCGUUCCAGGCAGCUAGACUAGUUGCCAACGCGACUGGAAAGCAUUAGUAGUUGACGUUAUGUUGAAAAUUUAAUUUAAUUUGAAUGACGAUAAAUUAGGUUAUGCGGUGAGGGUUGAGGCAAAAUGGAUCUUGGUCAGCAAUUUUGUUUACGUUGGAAUAACUACCAGUCAACUUUGCAACAUGUGUUUUAUAAGCUUUGGCAAACGGGUACUUUUGUGGAUGCCAGUCUUGUUGUGGAAGGACGGCGGAUAGAUUGUCACAAGGUGGUCCUGUCUGCAUGUUCUUCCUAUUUUGAGGAUAUUUUGCAGGAGCACAGUAGUCAACAUCACCCAUUGAUUUUGCUCCAUGACAUGCCCUUCAAAGCAGUUGAGGCUCUGGUGGCUUUCAUGUACCGAGGGGAAGUUAAUGUCAGCCAUACGCAGUUGGAAUCUCUCUUGCAGGUUGCAGAAGCACUAAAAGUCAAAGGCUUAGCAGAUUCUUCUGCUUUGAGUAACUUCACAAAGCGUAGCCUGUUAGAACGUUGUAUGCCUCUUCUUGAGCAGGCACCAGGUGCUGCUGCAGCCUUUGCAUCAAACAGAUUUGUUAACAUUCCAGCUGUCACUUACCCAACCACAGCCAUUGUACAGCCAAGAAUGAUGAGCAGCACUGCUCCCUCAGUUCAUGAUAGAAACGGUUCUGCUGUUAUGAAACAAGCCACUAAAGCAGUCAAAAGGCUCAUCAGGAGUGGUAGGAGUCCAGGUCCCAAGAAGAAGCGACCUCGAAAUGACAAGGGAAUUCAGUCUUUGCCCUCUUCUCCUGUUUCUGUGAAUGAUUCUCCCCCUCCCUGUGAUGGAACUGAAAAUGAUUCUCUUACUGAAACUUCCCAACCCUCACCAACACUUCCAUUAACUACUCCAGAGAUGCUCAAACAGGAAGCUGCAGAUGAAACUGAUGGAGAACUUCAAAUAGAUGAAUCUGUUGGCCAGUCACCUGAAGGGUCUGUGGAGGGGGAUAGUAAUUCAGCAGGAGGGGAAGGUGAAAAGGAAAUUGCUGAAAAUGGAAAAUUAUCUGCACAGGAUCAGAAUAAGACAAUAAUUGCUGGUGCAGAGCUCCCACCUUUAGAACCAGUAAAACAACCUCAGCAGACACAAACUCCUUCUGUUGAGGCUUUUUCUGCCCCUAAGGAACGUAAAUCAAUAGAGAGAACGUAUACACAUCUGGACCUUGAACAGGGUAUUGAAGCUGUUCUUUUGGGGCGCCUUACCCCAGCUAAGGCCAUUGCACAUUAUCGUAUACCCCGAAGGACAUUUUUCAGAAGGCUGUCUGCUGUGAGGAAAAGUCGAGGAAUCCCAUCUGCUAAAGAAAAUGCAGCUGAUCAGUUCUUGAAUACAUCCAGUGCAGUUAAGGAGUCAAAUAACCAGCAUCUCAACUCUGUAUCUAAUACUGAGACAUACACAGCUCCUUUUAAGGUCAAAUCUGAAAAGCAACUACUGAUGGAUACAAAAGACACAAAAGUCAAAUGCAAUAAAAAGAAUGCAGCAAUUAUGACUGCAAGUAGCAGCUACUUAGCAUUGUUAAAAUUGGCUGCCUCUAAUAAUUAUGACACAUACAUCAAGUACCUCAGGAUGGUGGCACAACAGAGUGGUCAUUCUAAGCCUGAAGAAGUUUUGGAAGCUUUGAAAAAGGUCCACAUGAAAGAAAUCAAGCAGACUGUAGAUGAUAAUAGGAAUGUUGCUACAGAAGUGUCUGGAACCGCACUUUGUCUUGUGAACAAAAACUUGACUAAUGAAGUUCCUGAAAGUCCCUUAAGUCUUGUAAAUGGAAAUAAAAAUCAUCCUGAAGUUCCUGAUGGCUCAGAGGCACUUUGCAAGAUGAGCGACAGGAGUACGGUAGCAGAAGUUCCUGAUGACAGUGACUCUCCAAUUAAUCUGCAUAAUGGUAAGGAGCUGAGGAAGACCCCAGAAAAAGUAGAGGUGGAGAGUCCCAAAGAUUUAGAGAUUUCAGAGAAGGAAGAAAGUGACGAUGAUUCAGGUGAACCAUCUCCAGGCUCACCCUCUCAAGAUGCUGUAGCAGAAAUACCUCAAGAUCUCAUUCUUCCAAGAACUGCAGCCUCAAAUUCAGCUUCAGAUGUUCCACAGAAUCUUGUCAGUCGAAACAACAAAAUGACUGCUGAAGUUUCUUAAGACAUCGUCAUAGAAUUGCGGAUGAUAUGAUUGAGCAUUGAGCUUCCAACUUUAAGCCUAAUUUAAUGCUAUUUUUCAGUGUUUGGAUUUCCCCUCCAGACUUUGUGUCUUGUGCAUUUUUUGUUGCCAAAAGAUUAGUGGGUCAGUUUUCUCCUCAUGUUCCCCAUACUGCUCAUAUCAGUAAUGUACUGCAUGUCACUGUAAAUUACAAUACACAGGUUGUGUAUUCUAGUUGGAAGAUAUGUUUUGUGAUUGGCCUAGUUAUGUCUGUAAUCUAUAUUUUCUCAUUUAAAGAGGUAUACAUACAGUAAUCUAUUGUCAUAAUUUGGCCACAGUACAGAUCCAAUUUGUCAUCAAAGUACAGUAUAUAAUGGCACAGUGCCAAUUAUAAGCCAUUCCAUAAAGCAUUCCAGUAGGCUUAAGUGUUUAUAUAUUAAUGUAUGUCUGAAUAUGUUGUUAAUUGGGCAUAGCAAUCAUUAGCCAAAGCAAUUGACAGCCUUAUAAAGGGUGCGAUAAUGUAUGUCCUAUCUAAAUAAGUGCAGUAUUAUUUGCUUACAUAGAAAGUGAUUGACUGUGCCUCCAGUAUUGAAAAAUCUGAUGUCAAGUAUCAGUUAUUGUCAUGAAUAAUAUUUUAUUAAGUGUGCUGUAUGUCUUAAGAGCAUAAUUUUUCAAUUUUUUCAAGAAAUCAUGAACAGAGUUAUUUUAGUGUGCAAGUAUAAAGGGAUAAUUUUUAUAUGAAACUAUAAGUAGCCGUAAAAUUGCCAUUGUUUAAGAUAAGAGGGGAACAUGAUACAUAAUGAAGUCUCAAAAGCUGUGAUAGCAUUGGUACCUUUUGUAAUGGCUGAUGUUGAUGUAGUUUUUCUUAUAGUUAAUAUAGAAACUAUUCUUUUCGGAACUGCUCUCUAGAAAGGGAAAUUUUGUUUUAUUUAUUUUUGCAUUCCUUUCUGCUUUAUUGGUAAUUUCUAUAUGGUACGUUAGUAUUUCUCAGCUGAAAAGCUUUUUUCCUAAUUGAAAAGUUAUCUCUAUUUUAUCUGUCCUAAUUUGACAAAUAUACAGUAUUUUGGUAACCUUUUGAAUCUUUCUGCUUUAUGGUGAUGGUUUUUCAUGACAAGGCAGCUCAAUUUUUUCUCAUGAAGUGCAUGGGCUUCUUUCUAUCAUUUAUGGUGCCAUCUAAUUGCAAUUCAUUCCAUUCUUUAUUUUGCUUUUUCCUUUAUGCUGUUACUUUGCAUUAUAGCAGUGGUUAUGUAGCAGUUUUAGAUUAAUAAACACAUGCAAUUGCUAUAGUGUACAGUAUAUGAAAUUAAGAGGUUAUAAGGUUUUUGUGUCUAGCAGUGACUUCGUUUAAAUUUCAUUAGGUUUCGCUUUAAGUCUUCAAAAUCUUAAGUUACUUGAGGAAGAUCCAGUGCAUUGCUAAAUAUUGUUAUAGAGGAUGCCUUAGCAGCAUCCUGAAUGUAUUUCGGACUGGAUAUUUUUUCAUUUUGAAAAUUGCAUAGUUCAUACCAAUUUCAAUAUACUGUAAUUAGCUUUAUUAAUAUUUUUCACCAUACCUGGCAGUUUUGGAUAAGGAAUGUUGGAUUGAAAUUCCAAUGUUAUUUAUAAAGUGUAUUCAGGACUUUAUGAAUACUAUUGGUUAGAAUGUGGAUUGAUAGUUUCUUAAUUGUAGUAUUGUUCAGCUUGAAAUUUUUUUAUUGCUUGGUGAAUUUUCAAUAUGCAUUUAGCAUUAUAAAACUACCAUAGUGUAAUUUGGCUGAAGUGACGUGGUGCUGAGCUGAAAGUACUUAAUACGUAUACUGACUAAAAAAAUUCUAUUUUGUACGAUAGUUUUUGAAUGUGAUAUAGGUUUGUAAGUUUUAUAUAUCUAGAACAUGGCGUCUUCCAUGGUUUGCAUUGGUUUUUGAAAUGGAGAUUACCACAGAUAUAAAACAUUAUUGAAAAUUAGUCAGCAGUUAACAUUGACAAGAGCUGUCUUAGAUUAUUAUUUUCCUGGUUGUGGGUUUCUGUAUACUUACAUCGGUACUGUAGUUGCUCAACUCUUGUAGAUAGAAAGCAUUAUUACUGUAUUAGACUUUAACUGCUUACUACAGCAUUGGUCAGUAAUUUUUCAAUAGUUCAUACUGCACUGUUAUGUGGUCAUAGUCAAUCUGUUUGUGACGCUACCCUCAUGAGCUUUUGUUUGUGUGGCUUCAAUAAAAAAUUCUAUUGGAGUAACAAAAUACUUUCUCAUAAUUCUUCUACUUUGGAUAUGACGUGUGUGUUACAAUUUUGCUAUUGUGCAACUUAAAAUGGCUGUGACAACAGCACAAUAAAGCUAAGUGUGCAUGCAUGUUCAGUAACCAUGUCAAGGGAUGCCAAGCUCUUCAGUAUUGUUGAAAAAUAUUCCAUAACCUGAAUAGGCAUCUUGUUUGUCCCAGUUUUGAAAGGAUGUGUGCUGAAGUACAGUUGUUUCAUAAUUCAGUAGUGUCCUCCAGUUUAUGGUGUGCCACAUGAAGUGUACCUGUGAAAUUGAAAUGGUAUAUGAAUUGCUCAUGUUGUGUAUAUUUUUAUGUGAAAUUUAAUAGGCAUUACAUUUUGUAGCUCAUCGAGGAAGUCACAGUAGAAUUAAAGGCAGCUUAGAGGCAGAGUGAUGAAUCCCCUGUUAUGUUACAUAAUAAUUUGAAUGGCAUUAUUAUGAUAUAAGAUUUAAAGAUUUAGUGAUCUCAUUGUAUAUAUAUUAGUAUUAAGUGAACUAAGUAUCUUUUUACUGCAAGCAUUAUAUAUUUCAGUUAUACUCUUGAUUAUGGAAACUUUCCAUUACGUAUGUGUAUGACAUCCCUUAUUUAUGGAAUAAAAGAAGUUUUCAUAUUAAUAGAUGUAGCUGUGCUACACUCAGUGGUGCAUCUAAAGGUGAAAUUUUGCAAGCAUUGAGCAGUAGAUGUAUUAAAGCUUUGCUACAGGCUUUCCUGGACAUUUUAAUGUUCAUGAACUGUAGCAUUGUUAAUUAAGGUAACAAGUACCUUGUAUUAAUUACACAAUGCUUUUUGUUGCUUUCAUUUGGAAGUUAGGAUUUCGUAUGUACUGUACUUAAAAAGAAAGAUCUGACCUAACUGUGAUAAAAGGUAGCUUUCCUAUGCUCUGACACAUUCCGUUUAUAUUUUACAGUCACGAACUUUGAGAAAUGCACCAUUCCUUACCCUGUGAUAAUACUCGUGUCUUAUUAUUACCUGGCCAUGCUGAAUAGCAAUAGAUAUGUCAAAUUUGAAAGUACAAAGGAUGUUACGAUCAGUGUUGUUGGUCUCUUACCCGAUUUUAUGGUAAUGACAAACUAGAAUUCUGGUUACUAUUGUUAAAUGUCACUUUUUGUUUAAUCUGAAAAUAAUCAACAUGAUUGGGUCAGACAGUCUUCGUCAUCACAGGGAUCCUUUGUAAGCAAGUGUCUUUGCAACUAGAUCUAUUGUAUUUUUCUACAACUUUUUCUAUUUAAGAUUUUUCAAUAAAAUAUUUAUAAAAGUC